CUUUUCGAAGUUUUCCUUGGCAAACGACAUCUCUCCCGCCAGCAGCCACACCCCACCCCGACCACUCGAUCGAACGACUGAACGACCGACCGAACGAACGACAAACGAAUUCCCACACCCAGCAAAACCAAUCUUUCAACACUUCAAGUUAAUCCUUCAAGAUGGUUUUGGCCGAGGAUCUCCUUAACCCUUCUGCUGCCGCUGAGGCCCGCAAGCACAAGCUCAAGACUCUUGUCCCGGCUCCCCGAUCGUUCUUCAUGGACGUGAAGUGCCCCGGUUGCUUCAACAUCACCACGGUCUUCUCGCACGCGCAGACGGUCGUCAUCUGUGGAUCUUGCGCCACCGUACUCUGCCAGCCCACUGGUGGAAAGGCCCGUCUCACCGAGGGAUGCUCUUUCAGGAAGAAGUAGAUGUAGCGGGCGAGCGGGGUGGUCUCUUUUCCUUGCGCGUUCUCUCUACACGGGUUGGGGGGGAUGUUGUCUGAGGGAUAGGGAAAUAAUCA